UCACUAAAACCCCGAACUAGAUUUCUUCCUCUCACUUAAUCGUCUCUCUUUCUAUAACUUGAAAUUUUCUUACGUUCGGACUUCUCCUUUUCUUCCUUCGAUUCGCUCGAUCGUAUCGCCAGCCAUGACUCUGAUGACCCCUCCACCAUUAGAUCGUCAGGAAGACGAUGAUAUGCUGGUUCCCCACACUGACUUUGCUGAAGGUCCUCAGCCAAUGGAAGCACAAGCAGAAACUGCUAGUACAGUUGAUGCCCAGGCAGUUGAUGAUCCGCCAUCUGCAAGAUUCACUUGGACAAUUGAGAAUUUUUCGAGACUUAAUACCAAGAAGCUUUACUCUGAUGUGUUCUAUGUUGGAGGUUACAAGUGGCGGAUUCUCAUCUUUCCAAAGGGGAACAAUGUGGAUCAUUUGUCAAUGUAUCUAGAUGUUGCAGAUGCAACAACUUUGCCAUAUGGGUGGAGUAGAUAUGCUCAGUUCAGCUUAGCUGUUGUCAAUCAGAUUCACAGCAAAUAUUCAAUUAGAAAAGACACGCAGCAUCAGUUUAAUGCACGGGAAAGUGACUGGGGUUUUACUUCAUUUAUGCCUCUUGGUGAAUUGUAUGACCCCAGUAGAGGUUAUCUUGUAAAUGAGACUUGCGUAGUUGAGGCUGAUGUUGCGGUUCGAAGAGUUGUUGAUUAUUGGUCACAUGACUCCAAAAAGGAGACUGGUUAUGUUGGACUUAAGAACCAAGGAGCUACUUGCUACAUGAACUCUCUCCUUCAAACACUGUAUCAUAUUCCUUACUUUAGAAAGGCUGUGUAUCAUAUGCCAACAACUGAAAAUGAUAUGCCAUCAGGGAGCAUUCCUCUGGCAUUGCAGAGUUUGUUUUAUAAGCUCCAGUACAGUGAUACAAGUGUAGCAACAAAAGAGUUGACCAAAUCUUUUGGAUGGGACACAUAUGACUCUUUCAUGCAACACGACGUUCAAGAACUUAAUAGGGUUCUUUGUGAGAAACUCGAAGAUAAAAUGAAGGGAACUGUUGUGGAGGGCACAAUACAGCAAUUGUUUGAAGGUCAUCACAUGAACUACAUUGAAUGCAUCAAUGUGGACUAUAAAUCAACGAGAAAGGAGUCCUUUUAUGAUCUUCAGCUUGAUGUCAAAGGCUGUCGAGAUGUUUAUGCUUCUUUUGACAAGUAUGUGGAAGUGGAACGCCUUGAAGGGGACAAUAAAUAUCAUGCUGAGCAACAUGGGUUGCAGGAUGCUAGAAAGGGUGUCUUGUUCAUUGACUUUCCUCCUGUCCUUCAACUACAGUUAAAACGGUUUGAGUAUGAUUUUAUGCGGGAUACUAUGGUAAAGAUAAAUGAUCGAUAUGAGUUCCCAUUGCAACUUGAUCUUGAUAGACAAAAUGGAAAAUAUUUGUCCCCUGAUGCAGACAGAAGUGUUCGCAAUCUGUACACUCUUCACAGUGUUUUGGUUCACAGUGGUGGAGUACAUGGUGGGCACUACUAUGCUUAUAUCAGGCCAACCCUUUCAGAUCAAUGGUUCAAGUUUGACGAUGAACGGGUAACAAAAGAGGAUAUAAAAAGGGCAUUGGAGGAGCAGUAUGGUGGUGAGGAGGAGUUACCACAUGCAAAUCCUGGAUUCAACAAUUCUCCAUUUAAAUUUACAAAAUACUCAAAUGCAUAUAUGCUUGUGUAUAUACGUGAAAGUGACAAAGACAAAAUUAUCUGUAAUGUGGAUGAGAAAGAUAUAGCUGAGCACCUGAGGAUAAGAUUGAAGAAAGAACAAGAGGAAAAGGAGCAAAAAAGAAAGGAAAAAGCAGAGGCACACUUGUAUACUAUUAUAAAGGUCGCACGUAGUGAGGAUCUACUUCAACAGAUUGGAAAGGAUAUAUACUUUGAUCUUGUAGAUCAUGAAAAAGUUCAUAGUUUUCGUAUUCAGAAACAAAUUCCCUUUAACCUUUUCAAGGAAGAUGUUGCUAAGGAGUUUGGAAUCCCAGUGCAAUUUCAACGUUUUUGGCUGUGGGCAAAGCGGCAGAACCAUACUUAUCGCCCUAAUCGACCACUGACUCCCCAGGAGGAAGCACAAUCAGUUGGUCAAUUAAGAGAGGUUUCGAAUAAAGCAAGUAGUGUAGAGCUAAAGUUGUUUCUGGAAGUAGAAUUUGGGCAGGAUUUGCGCCCUAUUCCUCUGCCUGACAAAACUAAAGAGGAUAUUCUUCUAUUCUUUAAACUUUAUGAUCCAGUGAAAGAGGAGCUCCGGUAUGUUGGGAGGCUAUUAGUGAAGGGUACUGGUAAGCCAACUGAAAUAUUGACAAAACUAAAUGAAAUGGCUGGAUUUGCGCCUGAUGAAGAUGUUGACCUUUAUGAGGAAAUAAAGUUUGAACCAAAUGUUAUGUGUGAACCUAUUGACAAGAAACUCACAUUUCGUGCAAGUCAGCUUGAAGAUGGGGACAUAAUUUGUUUCCAGAAGCUUUCUCAGGCUGCAAGUGGAGAACAAUGCCGCUACCCAGACGUUCCUUCAUUUUUGGAUUAUGUGCAUAACCGUCAGGUUGUUCGCUUUCGGUCUUUGGAGAAGUCAAAGGAGGAUGAAUUCUUCCUUGAGUUGUCAAAGGGUCACAAUUAUGAUGAUGUAGUGGAAAGAGUAGCUCAACAUCUUGGAUUGGAUGAUCCAUCCAAGAUUAGGCUUACAUCUCAUAACUGUUACUCCCAGCAGCCCAAGCCUCAACCUAUAAAGUACAGAGGAGUGGAACGCUUGUCUGACAUGCUUGUCCAUUACAAUCAGACUACGGAUAUACUGUAUUAUGAAGUACUGGAUAUUCCUUUGCCGGAACUUCAAGGCCUGAAGAUGUUGAAGGUUGCUUUUCAUCAUGCUACAAAGGAUGAAGUUAUGAUUCAUACAAUUAGAUUGCCAAAACAGAGCACUGUAGGUGAUGUGAUCAAUGACCUCAAGACAAAGGUCGAGUUGUCUCAUCCUGAUGCUGAGCUUAGAUUGCUUGAAGUUUUCUAUCACAAGAUUUACAAGAUUUUCCCACUUAGUGAGAAGAUUGAGAAUAUUAAUGACCAAUACUGGACCUUACGUGCUGAGGAGAUUCCAGAAGAGGAGAAAAACUUCGGUCCUCUUGAUCGACUGAUUCAUGUUUAUCAUUUUAUGAAAGACACAGCUCAAAAUCAAGUGCAGGUUCAAAAUUUUGGGGAACCGUUUUUCCUUGUUAUUCGUGAGGGAGAAACGUUAGCUGAAGUUAAAGUGCGGAUCCAGAAAAAAUUGCAGGUUCCAGAAGAAGAAUUCUCAAAGUGGAAGUUUGCAUUUUUGUCACUGGGUCGACCUGAGUAUCUUCAGGACUCUGACAUUGUAUCUAGUCGUUUUCAGCGAAGGGAUGUUUAUGGUGCUUGGGAGCAGUAUCUUGGAUUAGAACACACAGACAACGCCCCUAAGAGGUCAUAUGCAGCCAAUCAGAACCGUCACACGUUCGAGAAGCCAGUAAAAAUCUACAAUUAGGAUAAGACAGAUGAUUUACCAUAAGUGUGUUGAACAGAAUCUAUUUCCCAGUGGCAUUUUCAGCUUUGUGAAAAGAGCUGAGAAACCGGAGCAGAGAUUUGCAGCUUAUCAUGACAAAAGACAAUUAUCAAUUACAUUCGCCUGUGUGAAUUCUUUCAGCGGUGUGGGGGGGCAGCCCAGAACUUAUGUGAUAUGGUUGAGAUAUAGCAUGGACCGUUCUUCUCUGGGGUGAGUAGUAGGUUGCAAUUGAAGGUUUAAUUUAAAAUGUCGUUUAGUACAUAAGAUUUUGAGGUAGUGGCUGUAUAGAGGGUAUAGUUGUGUGUUGAAAUUGCUGUGGUUUUUACUUCUAAUCUGAAUCUCCCUUCGUGGUCAUAAUAGAUUUGAUGGCGGGAACAUGUGGGAGGUCUGUAUAAUUGUCUGUCUGCUUCUGUUUUUUGGGCUUUCCAGGAUUUAUGCAAUAGAUUUGCAGCAGCAGCAGCUUUAUGAUUUUUCUUUAA